AACUGUUAAGUCCCGCCCCCUGUGUCAUCCGUACAAACAUCAUUCAUCGAUGGGGGAUGGUAGAAGCAGAUGCAUGCUGCAAUCCCAUUGGCCUACCCGAUAUUCGAAUCAACAACAGGCGCUCUGAUUGGCCGAGUCCAGCGCUCGCUUCGCCUCAAGCGUUCUCCGCCGAACGGGGUUUAUUGUUCCUCCGAGUCAAGGGGCGAAAUAGAUUUUACACAGACCUCCCCGGAUCCCAUUCAAAGUAAUACUUCGCUGAAAUGGCAGGAGGAAAGGCAGGUAAAGACAGCGGCAAGGCCAAGGCGAAAGCAGUGUCUCGCUCGCAAAGGGCCGGACUUCAGUUCCCGGUGGGCCGUAUCCACAGGCACUUGAAGACCCGCACCACAAGCCACGGCCGCGUGGGAGCCACAGCAGCCGUCUACAGCGCAGCCAUCCUCGAGUACCUCACAGCCGAAGUAAGGCUCCUUCUCUUCUGCUGCAGACAAACCAACAUCCACGCAUUAUAUCGCAACUUGCUCAGGAUUAGGAAAUGGAAGCAAAACCUGACAAGCGCUCGAGUGUCGGAACCCACCCAGGUUUUGGAGUUGGCAGGAAACGCUUCAAAAGAUCUGAAGGUGAAGCGCAUCACUCCUCGCCAUCUACAGCUGGCCAUCCGUGGAGACGAGGAGCUGGACUCGCUCAUCAAGGCCACCAUCGCCGGCGGAGGAGUCAUUCCUCACAUCCACAAGUCCCUGAUCGGUAAGAAGGGCCAGCAGAAGACCGCGUAGUUCCCGCCGGGGCUCGCCGUGAACGUGAACUCAAGGACUUGUGUUUGGGAUGUGACCAGAUCGGCUUGUGUUCGUUCAUUCAUUUAUUCAUUCAUUCAUGCGUUCUUUUGUUUUGUUUUUAAGUUAAUAUUAAUGAUAUACUAGCUAACCACAAGUGAUUUGUUAGUUUUGCGUUAAUGUUCUAUCGCCAAAACUAGAAUGGCAAAUAAGCCCCGCCCCCUUCGGCCCCAGGUGUCCAGUGUUUUAGAGAGAGACGAACAGGAAGUGUCCGAUCUUUCCUGCUGUGACGGUGGAAUUGUUUGUUAAAUUGGCCAGAGUUGUGGAGCUGUUUUAUACUGAAAUGGAAAUGAUAAACAUUUUAUAUGAAA